AUGCAGAACGGGGAGGCUAUGAGCCCGCAGGACUCGAAGGCGGCGGGGGCCAGGGCCUCAGAGGAGCAGAAGGCUCAGAAUGACAGCCGGCCGCAGGAAGUUGUGGAGCCUUCAGCGCCACCGUUACCACCUCCAACACCACCACCGCCAGGGCCACCAGAAUAUCCCAGGCCCAGGCUCAUCUUUCAUACCCAGCUGGCCCAUGGGAGUCCAACAGGCCGCAUUCACGGAUUUACUAACGUCAAGGAGCUGUACGCCAAGAUUGCUGAAGUGUUUAACAUCUCCUCCUCAGAGAUCCUGUUCUGCACCCUGAAUUCCCAUAAGGUGGACAUGCAGAAGCUGCUUGGGGGGCAGAUCGGGCUGGAGGACUUCAUCUUUGCCCAUGUCAGAGGAGAGACCAAAGAAGUGGAAGUCAUCAAGACCGAAGACGCGCUUGGCCUCACCAUUACAGACAACGGAGCCGGAUAUGCUUUCAUUAAGAGGAUAAAGGAAGGCAGCACCAUAGACAGGCUGAAGACGGUGUGCGUUGGGGACCACAUCGAGGCCAUUAAUGACCAGAGUAUCGUAGGGUGCAGACAUUACGAGGUGGCCAAGAUGCUCAAAGAGCAACCCAGAGGUAUACCCUUCACUCUCCGACUGGUGGGGCCAAAGAAAGCUUUUGACAUGAUUGGAAUGAGGACAAGGGUGCCCAAGUCUAGCGAGGGCAAGAUGGUCAAUGGGAAGGAGACCCUGCGUCUGCGUUCCAAGGGUGCUGCGAUAGUCCAGGAAGUUCCUAAUGAGUUUGAAGAGCGGGCCACCAAGAAGGUGGAUGACCUGCUGGAGAAUUACAUGGGGAUCAGAGAUCUGGAACUGGCAACCACCAUAGUGGAGGCAGGAAAAGACAAGAAAAACCCUGAUGAUUUUGCAGAAGCCUUGGACUCAGUUUUGGGAGACUUUGCAUUCCCUGAUGUAUUCUUGUUUGAUGUGUGGGGGGCUAUUGGUGAUGUCAAAAAUGGCAGAAUCUAG